CUCUCACCGGGCAGGGAGGGGUCCGCAGUGUGCCGGGGGGGUGCUCCCCGGGUCGUGCGGGCCCCCCCUCCCCGCCGCACCACGCCCGGCCCGGGGCGGGGGUGUGUGGCAGUGGCAGUGUCGCCGUCGCCCCCCCCGCCCCCGCUCCCGCCGUGUCCCCGCCCGGCCCUGCCGCCGCUCCCGUCCCGGCCCUCCCUGGGCCGCCUCCAACUUCCCGGCCGGGGCUGCGGGCAGGCGGCGGCGAUCCCGCUCCGCUCCCGGCUCCCUGCGGCCCCUGCCCGGGCCCGGCGGCGGCAGCAGCGGGAAGCAGCGGAUGGCGGCGGGGGGCUGCGCGGGGGCAGCGGCGGCGGCGGGGCCCCCCCGGCGCUGGAAGCCGCAGCCCGGCCCGCGGCGGCGAAGGGGCGGGCGGCGCGGCCCGGCCCGGCGGUAGCGGAACCGGCGCAGGUAGCCAGCAUGGCUGACCCGAGCCACAUCCAGUCCGCCGCCUCCAGGAGCAUCCGUCCCUUCCGCUCCAGCGAGGAGUACCUGGAGGCCAUGAAGGAGGACCUGGCCGAGUGGUUCAACACCCUCUACGACCUGGAGCUGCAGGCGGACACCUUCCUGGAGAGCCUGGAGACAGGCUGCCACCUCUGCCGCCACGCCAACAACGUCAACCGCACCGCCCGCGACUUCCAGCGCCGCCACCCGCAGGCGGCCGCCCGCAUGCGCCUGCCCCACCACGAGGUGGUCUUCCAGGCCAAGAACGUGGUGCCAGGCUCCUUCAUCGCCCGCGACAACGUCUCCAACUUCAUCCAGUGGUGCCGGCAGGACCUGGGCAUCCAGGACGUCCUCAUGUUCGAGACCAACGACUUGGUGCUGAAGAAGAACGAGAAGAACUUUGUGCUCUGCUUGCUGGAGGUGGCCAGGAGGGGCUCCAAGUUCGGCAUGCUGGCCCCCAUGCUGAUCCAGAUGGAGGAGGAGAUCGAGGAGGAGAUGAGGGACCACAUGGCCGGCGGUGCGCUGGGCAGGCGCCAGGAGAGCCGGGGGCAGCAGGCGGGCACCUACCCAGGCAGCGCUCGGCCCGUGGCGCUCUGCGACCUCAAGAACCUGGACGAGCUGGUGCGGGAGAUCCUGGGCUGCUGCUCCUGCCCCUCUCAGUUCCCCAUGGUCAAGGUCUCGGAGGGUAAAUACAAAGUGGGCGACUCCAACACCCUCAUCUUCGUCCGAGUGCUGAGGAGCCAUGUGAUGGUGCGUGUGGGUGGCGGCUGGGACACACUGGAACAUUACCUGGACAAGCAUGACCCAUGUCGCUGUGCCUCCCUCGCUCACCGCCUGCCUCAAGCCCGCACUUCAGGCUUCUCCCCUCAGAAAGCAGCUCCUGGCAGCCUCUCCACACCCCCCCACGCCCUCAGCCCCAGCACCCCUCGCCGGCCCCGUGCCAGCGGCGCCUCUGCAGGCGGCACACUCAGGCCCCGGGAGCAGCCCCGCGCCCGCCGCUGCUCGGGCGACAGCGACUCCUCGGGCUGCUCGGCGCAGAGCGGCCCCGCAGCGCCCGGCCGGGACGGGCCCCCCCCGGCCCCGCUCCGCCCCCGCGACCCCUCCCGGGGGGGGCUCCCGCCGCAGGCCGCGCGCGCGGAGGAGCGCGGCCGCUCCCGCGUGCCCAGCCCCCGCGCGGCGCCGCGGGCGCGCAGCCAGGGCCGCCCCGGGCCGGGGCCGCCGCCGCCGCCGCCGCCGCUGCUGCUCAUCCGCCGCCGCCACGGGCAGCACUCGUGGACGCGGGCCGAGCCCGGCAGCCGCCCCGCCAGCCCCGCCCGCGGCCGCGCCCCCGCGCCGCGCCGCGCCUCGCUGCAGGAGGGCGGCAAGGAGUGGCGGGGGGCCGAGAGCCAGCACGGCGGCGGCGGCGGCGGCGAGGCCCUGGAGCGGGAGCUGGAGGAGCUGGGCCGGCGGCUGCGGGCCCCGCUGCGGCUGGAGCCCGGCCAGGAGCAGCAGCUCUUCCGCCGGCUGGAGGAGGAGUUCCUGGCCAACACCCGCAUGAUGCAGGAGAUGGAGGACCGGGACCGGGACCGGGACCGGGAGGGGCCCCCUGCGCCCCCGCCGCCCCCCGGCGCCGCCGACUCGGCCUACUGCUCCUCUUCGUCCUCCUCGUCCUCCCUCAACGUCUUCGGCAAGGACGGGCGCCGGAGCGGCAACGGCGCCGGUCCCCCGCCGGCGGCGGCCCCCGAGGCGCCGGACGGUGGUCGGCGGGCGGCGCUCUCCAGCUCCUCGGACGAGAGCAGCUGCUUCCCGGCCUCCUGGGACGCCAGGGAGCCGCGGGGCGGCCCCGAGUCCGACACCGACUGGGCGCCGGGGGACGACGAGCUGGCAGAGGAGCUCCCCGCCGCGCCCCACGGCCCCGCUGCGGUCCCCGAGCCGGUGCCUCCCGCCCCCGCGCCCUCGCCGCGCCCCUGCGCCAAGCCCCGGCUGGACACGCAGCCCCACAAGAAGCCGUCCAGGAUCCCCACGCCGCGGGGCUACGGGGCAGCCCCGCGGGCCCCCGGCAGCAGCAGCCCCCCCAAGCCCUGGGGGGCUCUGCAGAGUGUCCUCUCCUCCUUCCUGGAGCCCGCCUGGGCCCCGCGGGAGCGUGGGGGGCUGGAUGAAGACGCCUGGCCGUGAGGUGCCCAGCUGCGUGGCCACGGGUGGCAAGCAGGACGGGGGAGAAGCCCCCCAGCAUCCCCUGGGGACACCACGGAGCUGCUGGUGGAGAUGGCACCCGCGUGGAGAGGCCUCGCCCGGGUGACGGGCACUGCCCUGGGGCGGCUGCGGAGCUCCUUCACCUGGGGACAGUUGGCACUUGGGGUUGGGCCCUGCAAAGGAGCCCCCAGUGCCAGGCAGGCACAAAGAGAGCUCAGGCUGCGGGGGGGAGCGGCCCCGCGGAGGGCGGCCGGAGGGCGGCCGUGGUGCCGGUGGCUGGAGCAGGCAGCUGUGUCUUGGGCACCUGGGGGCAGAGCUGGAGAGCAGGGAGCUCUUCUCGUCCCAUCUGUGUCUUCACCCCUCCACACUCCUUUUCCUCUGCUCCGUGGAUGCCUUCGUGUCCUCUUGUCAGCAUCUUCUCUUCUUGCCCUUCCUGUCCCCCCCUCUGUCUCCUCUCCGCAGCUCGGCGGCUUGGGGACGUGCAGGCUGCUGUCACAAGCUGUGCUUCAGGGCAAGGGGGGGGCAGCUCUCCCUCUCCAGCCCCCUCAGCAGCUGGCUGCAGUGCUGGCCACAGCCUGUGUUCACAUCCCCGACAAAAGGCUGGGCUUGGAGGUGCCCACCCAGGCCACGGUGGUGCCCUGCCCUGCCCCCCGGCCCCGCAUGUCUCCCCAAGCCAGUAAAGACCACCAGAGCUGA